GAUAUAAGCAAAUACAACUCUGUGGUAGCCACUGAGCUGUAAAUAAUAAACAUAACCUACAGGCUACAAACGUUCUACUUGUAAAUCUAAAUAGGUAUACAUAUUCAAACCUAAGUUGCUGUAGUAUAAUUAUGUCCAUUGAGUGCCAUGUUAUCAAGACGAAUUUUAUUGUUAUCAACAUCCCGAGUACAUGGCUAUGAAUUCCUAGAAUAUGCCAAAGAUGAUAUUAAUAAACUGCUUCGAGCCAAUAACAUUACAAAUCUAUUGUUUAUUCCAUAUGCUUUAAAGGACCACGACUCAUAUUUAGCCAAAGUAGACGGGGUGCUUUCAAAAUGGGGCUAUAAAGUAACUGGGAUCCACAGUGGUGAUCCGAAGGCGUUAAUUCGAGAAGCAGAGGCCAUUUAUGUUGGUGGUGGCAAUACAUUUCGAUUAUUAAAGACUCUCUACGACUAUGACUUAAUUGAGCUUAUUCGUAAAAGGGUCUUGCAUGAGGGGUUAAUAUACUUAGGAAGCAGUGCAGGUACCAAUGUGGCCACUAGAGGGAUCCAUACAACUAACGAUAUGCCAAUCGUUUAUCCACCCAGCUUGGAUGCUUUAAAAUUGGUCCCCUUUAACAUCAACCCCCAUUACCUGGAUGCCGAUCCCAACUCGGUUCAUAAAGGAGAAACGCGAGAGGAACGAAUUUUGCAAUAUCAAGAACUUCCAGAGGCUGGUGUUGUUGUAGGACUUCGCGAGGGUAGCAUGCUAUUAAUUGAAAAUGAAACGAUGACGCUAAAAGGAAUAAGCAAAUCUCGCCUCUUUAUACCGGGAGAAGAUCCUCGGGAAAUUGAUGUGGGAGCUGAUAUCAGUUAUUUGUUGAAUUAACCCAUACAUAAUGUAAAUAUUGUUAAAGUUAUGCAAUAUUUUAUUCCUAUCAAUUAUACAACUAUUAAAUUUUUCAUAUUUA